UCCCAUACACUUCAACACACUCACCUUCCCACUACCUCCAAUAGCUAACAUGCGCACACCUAUCGUUCCUCUUCCGUUGCUAAAAUGAGCAUGGUGCGUGAUUCGCCCGCUUCCUUUGCUCGAUUUCUUCUCCACCCUUUAAAAAAAAGGAACGUCUUUUAGCUUACCUCUGCCUCCGACCUUUUACUCUCUCUCUUUCUCUCUCUCUCUCUCUGUUCUGUCCUUUUUUUCCCUGCAAAUUUCUCGAUUGUAAGUUUUUUUUUUUUUUUUCUGAGUGAUGCAGAGUAUGCUGAAAUCAACACUUGAAGUCAAUCAAUGUCUUCUGACAUAAGCUAAACUCUCUCCUCUUGUCUCUCUCUCUCUCUGCUUCCUUUUGUCACUGUCUUUCUCCUUCUUCAGCUUUGAAUUUUCAAUCUUGAUUUGUCUUAUGGCGAGUAGUAGUAGUUGCAGCAGAUCUAUCUCCGUUUCCAACUGUUUGAAAUUGUGAUUCUUUGGUGUGUUGUUUUGAGCUAGGGUUUAAAUUAGUUUCCUUUUGGUAAUCCGAUUCAAAGUUUUAAUCUUGGGGUAAGGGAUGGGUAAGAGGCAAAUCUCACAAGAUGAAGUAGGUCCGCCGAUAAGCCCAAGAGCUGGUUUGCGAAGGGAACAAGCUGGAAGAGGUUCAUACAGAGGUAGUUAGUAACUUUGUAUGUGAUCGAAAGGGGAAUAAAAAGGUUCAUUUGGGGAGGAGGGAUAGUGUAAAAAAACUGAUUUUUUGUUUUCUUCAUUCGGACACAAAUUUUUUUGAACUUACAAAGAAUCAAAAGGACUCUCUGUCUCUGUCUUGAUUUGUCGUUUUUUGAGUCGGGGGUUGUUUUUGGGAACUUGCCCUUUAGAAUGGGUUCUACUUCUCAAGAGAUACUGAGGAGCUUUUGCUCUAACACGGACUGGAACUAUGCUGUGUUCUGGAAGCUUAAUCAUCGAUCUCGAAUGGUACUCACCUUGGAGGACGCUUACUACGACAAUAAUACAAUACCAAAAAACAUGCAUGGAGCACAUGACCUUCUUGGGUUAGCUGUGGCAAAGAUGUCGUAUCAUGUCUAUUCUCUUGGGGAAGGGAUUGUAGGACAAGUUGCAGUUUCUGGAGAACAUCAAUGGGUAUUCCCCGAAUAUUAUGAUAACUGUCACGCAGAAUUUGAGUUUCAUAACGUUUGGGAGAGUCAGAUGUCUGCUGGGAUUAAGACCAUUCUUGUAGUAGCUGUUGGUCACUGUGGAGUUGUGCAGCUAGGUUCUUUGCGUAAAGUUAAUGAAGAUGUGAAUUUGGUGAAUCAUAUCCGACAUUUAUUUCUGGCACUUAGGGAUCCACUGGCAGAUCAUGCAGCAAAUUUAAUGCAAUGUAAUAUGAACAAUUCGUUAUGUCUGCCAAACAUACCUUCUGAAGGUUUACAUGCCAAGGCUUUCCCUGAUUGCUCUGGAGAAGUUGCCAAAGCUAUGGAUGUGGAUGAGUCAAAUAUUCUAACUCAGUACAAAACUAGUAAUAGCUUGCCUUACAAUACUCCUUCGUCAUCUCUUCUCAUGGAAAAUGCAGCUCAAGUUGUAGGCGAUCGUGAUGUUGUGCAAGGAUCUACUUGUGGGAGCUAUAGCGGUGUUACGUUUGGCUUUCCAGUUGACGUGGUUGAUGCCAAAUAUGCGAGUCAUCUAGGUACAAAUAUAAUCAGUGAUGCAUCUCAUGUGGGAAUGACUAGUGGCUGCAAAGAUCCAAGAGGAUUAGAUCCUAAUUUACAACAGUAUAUGAAGAAUCAUGUGCUCAGUAAUACAAGCUCAUCUGCUUUAGCAAUUGAGGCUGAAAGGAUGAUUACAGCCCACUCAUAUCCAGGCCUGGACUCAACUUUUCAUGCUUCGCCUGGAACAGAGAAAGAAAGUUCUUACCAGAAUGAAGUGUUGCAACUAUCUGAGAACCACGGAAAUAAACACCUAAAAGAGAGUGAGCGUAUGCUGGAGAGGAAAUGCGAGUCUAGUCGAUCUGACGCUUUGAUCUCACCUGGGUAUACCUUUGCUGGCAGCGAGCUGCUCGAGGCGUUAGGCUCUGCUUUCAAGAAAACAAGCACUGGUCAGGAGGAUCUACUGAAGUCUGAAAAUCGUUCAACAAUAAGACCAACAGAUGAUAUGAGUCAUAGCCAGCUCACAUUUGACUCUGGCCCUGAGAAUCUUCUAGAUGCUGUAGUUGCUAAUGUGUGUCAAAGCGAUGGCAAUGCCAGGGAUGAUAUGUUGUCGAGCAGAUCUGUACAAUCAUUGCUUACCACCAUGGAAGUGGCAGAACCCUCAGGUCAAAAGAAGCAUAAUAAUGUUAUCUCAGUUGAUAGUGCUAUGAAGCAGCUGCCAUUAGUAGAGGUGGAUACCCAACAAAAUUCAUCAGAUAUCUGUGGAGCAUUCUCUUCGAUUGGAUUCUCAUCUACGUAUCCCAGCUCCUCUAGUGACCAGUUUCAGACAUCCCUGGACAUGCCCAAGAAGAACAAAAAGAGGGCUAAACCUGGUGAAAGUUCUCGACCUCGUCCAAGAGACAGACAACUCAUCCAGGAUCGAAUAAAGGAACUUAGAGAACUUGUACCUAAUGGAUCUAAGUGCAGUAUUGAUUCUUUGCUAGAACGCACGAUCAGGCAUAUGCUCUUUUUGCAGAAUGUUACUAAGCAUGCUGACAAGCUCAGUAAAAGUGCUAAGACAAAGAUGCAACAGAAGGAAACUGGUAUGCAAGGUUCAAGCUGCGCAGUGGAGGUUGGAGGCCAUCUUCAAGUAUGCUCAAUUAUCGUGGAGAAUCUGAACAAGCAGGGAAUGGUGCUUAUCGAGAUGUUAUGUGAAGAAUGUAGCCAUUUUCUUGAGAUAGCAAAUGUCAUUAGGAGCUUAGACCUCGUCAUCUUAAGAGGCAUCACUGAGACUCAGGGCGAGAAAACAUGGAUAUGCUUUGUAACAGAGAGCCAGAACAGCAAAGUAAUGCAGAGGAUGGACAUUUUGUGGUCGCUUGUGCAAAUAUUUCAACCAAAGGCCAAUGUGAAGAUGUAGCAGGCGUGAUUGCAGAGUUUGCCUUUAGAGGAGAUAAAUAAUAGGCUUGUACAGUGUUGCUGUGACACUCACUUCAACACUUCAUUUGUUUGUUUUGGUUUUAUGUAUAAAAUAUAUAUCUUAAAAGUUGAGUGUGUUUAUGAUUUGCAUUUUGUUUGCUUUGCUUUCCUAAGUGUAUGGACCCGAAUAUAACAUUACUUGAAAGUUGAUUCUCUUCAAACGUUUUGAGGUGUUCAGCUA